UUCCAUCCAAAACUAUCAACACAAAAAGCUUACAAAUAUCUUAUCUUCUUCUUGCUUUUCACAUUUCUUGUAGCUUUAAAGCUCCCAUGGCAUCCACGUCCACACUCCUUCACUGUCUUUCUCAACCAAGCUCUGCUCACCUCAACCAUCCCAUCCCAUCAAAACUUGUCCUCCAUAACCAAUUACCCAAAACCCACUUAUCCAUCAAAUGCAGUACCACUUCAAACAACUUAACCCCCAACCCAGAUGAUGGUAAACAACCCCAAGAUUUCCCUUCUCCAUCUCUAAACUCAGUGGCCACCACCAGCCCUGAGUCUUUCCCCAUCGAAAAUAGAAGAAAAUCUGAGAUACUCCGGGAGAGAAAGUCAAAAGCAGGUCUUGUGAAGCCAGAACCACCAAACUUCGAAGUGGGUUGGAGAAGAACCAAAGAGAUAAACUUGGAUAAGCCAAUAGGGUAUGAGAUAAUGGACUUCUUGGAGAAGUUGCAGGAGUUGAUGGAGAGAGAUUAUGGCUCCACAACGCUUCUAGAGAAAGCAGGAGAGAUAGUGGCGGAGAGAGCGAGAGAAGAGGCAGAAUUGUUGAGAGAUGAAGGGAAAGUUGAGGAUAGAAUGGUGAUAGAGUUGUCUAGAGUUUUGAGGUUGAUGCAGAUGGAUUUGGCCAUGGUGAAAGCUGCUGUUAAAGAAGAGACUUUGGGUGAAAGACUUGAGCAAGCUAAGGCUCGCUGCAGACAAGCCGUACUUAUUGCUAAUUCUUUUUGAACAAUAUUAUAUACACAUGAUUCGCAAAUGGGUGUAUCAAAAUUCUAUCAAUUAC